UGACGUCACUAACAUCCGCUGCCGUCGCAUCGUAAUGACGGAGCUUCUAGUGAAAGAGCAGUCAGAUUGUCUGAACACCACAGUUCUCUUUUCCUAACUCCUUCUGAAGUCUCCUUCUCAUCUUUCCUUGACUUCAUGAUGUUUUCCAUCAAGGUCGAGGAGAAGUGGUCAGGACCUCACAUCUCAGGAGUGUGCCAGAAAUGAGUUGCACUUUCCACCUCCUGGCUUCCCGCAGCGGCCUCUACCAUGGCCGUUUUUUGCUCGUCUUGUCUCGACAGUCCCUGUUGCUCAGAGCGCUCAGCUCCAUGCGCCAGAUCAGCCGCAGCCUGCAAGAGAGCUACAGGCUUCUGCAACUGCCUGACGAGGGACACAGCAGUCCUGUGCAGGUGAAAGAGGCCUACUUGCGCCUUGCCAAGCUCUACCACCCGGACUCUGGGGCUCCGACUGCAGAUGCAGUGCUGUUUGCUCGGGUUGAGGAGGCCUACCGCGCUGUGCUGACACAUCACGGCAAGACCAGGCAACCUGACGGAGGGAAGGGAGUGGAAGAUGAGGAUGAGUCCAGAGGUACAGCACUUCCACACAGACACUACCUCAGCUACGAGGGUGUGGGUUCAGGCACGCCCAGCCAGCGCGAGCGCCAGUACCGGCAGAUUCGUGUCGACAGGGCAUCCGAGCAGGUUUUGAACUACCGGCAGAGGGAGCACGAGAGGUCAGCCGCUGCAGAGGGGGCGCUGGUGGAACGGGACGUGCGUCAGCGCAGCCGAAAGAUCAAGAUCACCCAGGCUGUGGAACGGCUUGUGGAGGACCUGAUCCAGGAGUCCAUGGCCCGAGGAGACUUCACUAACCUGAGCGGAGCUGGAAAGCCCCUCAAAAAGUUUGAGCACAAUCCGUACGCUGAUCCUAUGACCCACAACCUCAACCGCAUCCUCAUAGACAAUGGUUACCAGCCAGCCUGGGUCGUCACACAGCGCGACAUCCGAGAGACCACUGCUCACAUCCGAAAUAGGUUGUUGGAAGGGAGGGCCAGGUUCGGUGACCCCAUGACCCCCAAGCAGCACAGCCAAUGGGAGCAGCUGUGUGCAUCUGUAGAGGAGGAGCUGGUGAAACUGAACAAGACGGUGGACAAUUACAACCUCAUCGUACCGAUGCUCAACAUGCAAAUGGUUCACUUCAGUUUGUCACGAGAGAUUGACCGCGCUGUGAAAGGAGCCCGCCAACACAGACUGGACCAGCAGAGAGAGAGAGAAAAGGAGAGAGAGAGGAGGAAGGAAGAGAAAAAAAGAGCCAACGCAGUAACUAAGCCUAAAAAUACCAAACAAGGCCUGAUGUCUUGGAUGAAGAAUUUGCUCAGAUUAAAACACUAAAUCUCUUAAUCGUAGUGAACAGAAAAAAAGAUUUGAUAUCAGUGGUUUAUUUGUUUGUUUUUAUCACUUAAACCAAU